UCCUUUCGUGCUUUUUAUAUAUAUCUGUUGUUGUUCAACAAGCCAAACACGAUAGUCCGUCAGUACCAUCUUUGUUUUUCGGCGACGGAGGAGGGUUUUAGCGUGUAGCCUUCUCUUCUCUAUGUGAAUUUCCUAUCCGUUGUAGUAGACGCUGCUACAAAACCCACCGCAAGACAGUCUUCUUCAAUCCCUUUUACCUUCCACCAUCAGCCCAUCAGUGAGUAUCAGAAAGAUGACUGCUGUAUCUGGACUGACUGGUAGUCCCUCCAGAUGCUGUUUCCAAAUUCCAGUACGCAGUUCCGGUUCACUAUGUGGGCGAGUUUCAAAUUUCCCUCAUAGUUGGAAGCCUGCAGGAAAGAAUGAGCUACUUCGUGGGGAAAGAAGUUAUUGGACUGGUUUUACACAAAGAUUGAAUGCACGAAAAACACAUCUGCUGAAGUUUGCCAUGGAUGCAUCCUAUGGUGAUAUUCCAAAUGAACCAACUGCUAUCUUUCCUAGGAUUAAUGUGAGGGACCCAUACAAACGACUUGGAAUAAGCAGGGAGGCUUCUGAAGAUGAGAUCCAAGGUGCAAGGAACUUCCUUAUCCGACAGUAUGCAGGUCACAAACCAAGUGUGGAUGCAAUUGAAUCAGCACAUGACAAAAUAAUCAUGCAGCAGUUUUAUGACAGAAAGAACCCAAAAAUUGACUUUAAAAAAAAGGUCAGGGAAGUCAAUCAGUCUCGUAUUGUGCAGGAGGUGAGAAAUAGGUUUCGAACUCCAUCCACAAAGUUCAUUAUAAAAACGUCCAUUGCAUUUGUCGUGCUUGGAGCUCUCACUGUUCUAUUUCCAACCGAAGAGGGUCCAACCCUUCAGGUAGCCAUUUCCUUGUUGGCUACCAUCUACUUUGUAUAUGACAGGCUGAAGAGCAAAUUACGAGCUGUGCUCUACAGUGCUGGAGCAUUUGUUUUCUCAUGGCUCGUGGGAACCUUCUUGAUGGUGUCUGUGAUUCCACCCAUACUUAAAGGACCAAGAAGUUUUGAGGUGACAACUUCGUUGAUAACCUACGUCCUACUCUGGGUCUCGUCUACUUAUCUGAAGUAAUUUCUGUUCUUAAGGCAAACCUCAAUUUUGUUGGAUUUGGAAACCACAGAUUUUCUCGGAGAUUUAGCUCAUAUGUCUCCUUUAUAGUGAUAGUGCUGAUAAUUCUGGCAAAUUGUGAUGACGAGGCUCCUAGUUUUAGAAGAUAUUUGUUUUCCACCCUUUGGAGAAAGGGUGUAAAAUUAGAUGAAAGAGAUCGGUUUAAGCAAUUGACCUUUUGUGUCCUUUUUGUGAAUUAUUAUAAUCAAUCAAUUAUCUUUGUUUCUAUAUAAAUGGAGCCUCAAGUAUGCAUUCUGUGUACCCUCUUGUAAUGAGGGAAUCAAAUCUGUCUGCAAACAUAGGCUGACAAGUUGUGUAUAUGGGACAUUGGUGGACAUGAUAGAACUUGUGUACCCUCCAAUUCACUUGAGCUGCAAGUGUCCCAGCAAACUGAGUGGUUUUUAUUGGUUUGGUUUCAAGUCUUCCCAGUUCUUCCAAAUCUUGAUGGGGAGAUGAUUGAGGACAGGUCAUGGACCCUGUCCCUAAAGAUCUUCCCAUGUCCUUUUGGGUGAGUUGUGAUGUGUUUUUUCCCCAACUUAUUAUGUUGUAAAUCUAGAGGCCUACAAUUGCAAGAUCUUUUGGACUAUGAACCCAUGAGUUUCAAGGACCACAAUGCGAAUCGAUCACAAGUUCAGGCACUAUUGCCCAUAAAAUCAUUUUUUGAAUUUCAUCGAAAAUACUGGUUCGAAGGAAAAAAAAACCAUAUAAUAACGAUUCUGGCCAAAAGUAAAUCGCAACUGUGGAACUAUGUAGAUAAUUAGAACUUGUUGAAAGUUAUUUCAUAUGUAAUAAAGGAAAAUACAGUAGAAAAUUUGGUAGAUUGGAAUUAAUAUUUUUCUUUUCUUUAUUCUUCUGUAUUGUGUUAAGGCUAAAAGGCAAAGAAGAAAUUUGACAACCAAAAAAAAAAAAAAAAAAAAAA